UGUAAUCUACUCGCAUUAGACCCUUAUUUUUAGUUUAUUUUUUCCUAGUCCCUAGCUGGGUCUAAUUUCCUAGCUUUGGCCUCGUUUUCAGCUUGAUCUUGUUGAAACUAUUUUUUCAUUUGUUGAUUCAAGAGUUGGAUGAAUUGGGUUUCUCGAGAUUGUGAGCUAACAAAAAACAUAAUACUAACAGAGUUCUCUUCCAGGGAUCUUUACACUACUGCAAAGACUCAAAUGAUUCACAGAAUCCAUUUGUUUACUACAGAGAGGCAAAGGUAAUAAUAUGGUCAAUGAUGGGAAGGAGGGAAGCUUGCCAAGUGAUUCUUUGCUAAAGCCAGGAAGUAGUAAUAAGCAGAGUUUUGAGUCAUAUCAAUUGCCUCCGAGCCAUAGAAGUUACGGUGAAAAGAGUGGGAUGGAGACAGAAGGGAGACAAUUUUCAGAUUUUUAUAGGAACUCAAGUGAGGAGCUUUUUAUAAAGUCGUUGAUGGAGAGUCCAAUGGGGAUGCCAGUUCCAAAUAUGGAGAUGUUGGGGUUUAAGAAUCUUUCCCAGAAUUUUCGUGCUGAUAGUGAGGAGCUUUUCAGAAGCUGGCUCACCAAUGGAGAGAACCAGGGUCACAAUUCUUCUAAUAUAGCACAUCGUACUCGGCAAGCGUCGCGAAGAUUAUCAACAGAGAUGGCCAGUUUGUCGAGUCAACAGCCGACCACUUUGCUUCAAAAGAAAAAGAGCAGUGAUGUAUUACUUCUGCAAAACAAUUCCGUUGGGGGAGAAACAUCAGGGGAUUUGAAUCAAAAUUCAGCCAGAACUGCUGGUGACAGGGGAUUUCAGGCUAGUAAUUUAUAUUUGGCCAAGGCAUGGUUUCAUAGUUCACAGCCCAUGACAAGAAGCAGAUCUUCUGAAUUAAGGAAGAGAUAUGCUGCCAUGCAAAAUGCUCAAACAUCGCUUGGUAUGGAGGCUGUACUCAAUCCUUAUGGAAAUGGAGUCAACAAAAUGAAAGAAGAAUUACCGGAUCCGAAUGGUUUCAAUGAUAUCACCAUGUCUGAGAUUCCUAAUCAGUUGGGCACAUUCAUGUCCCCAUCAAAUUCAUCCUCAUCUACAUUUAAUGCACACCAAACUGGAAAUGUAGAUAAAGUUUCUUCUGUUGUGAGCAUGCUAAAGGGUACACUAGAACGUAAAAAGCUCGGAAACCAAAUCGAGAAAGAAGCGGUCGAAGAUAGUUCUAUUGUGCCUAAGGGCACCUUCAACCAAGGACAGGGGAAUCAUUUUCCUGAAAUUCCAGGGGGUUUCGCAGACUUACCCCUUGGCCAAGUAACAAAUCCCGGGGUUGUACAAGCUGUUCAGGGGCCUAUGGAUCUUGAGUUGGAAGCUUUUGUAAAUCCCAUAAACACAAUUCAGUUGAGCGCAGUUUCUCGAGAAGCUUCUCAAAGUGAAUCCUCGGCUGCUGCACCGGUGAUUUCAUCUGGUUUGGAUGCAUGUGAUGGCCCAAGCAAUUCAAGUCAAACCUUAAGCAUAUGUGAAAGCACAAAGAAACAAGCUGGAAACAACUGGAACUCAGAAAAUGGCUCUAAAUCUAAAGAAUUCAGAGAAAGGAUAAUUGACAACUUGAAAGAUGAUCGGAAGCAAAGGGGAGGCCUAGUUCGCUACGGGUCUGUAACAUCAGCAGAUUCAGUGGACAGGACAGACCCUACAAAAAAACGAAGAGUGGAAAGGUCAAGAAAGAUGGCAGAGGCAAAAGAAAGGAAUUCGACCCCACCAAUCCCAUCCGACAUGCAAGCAGUCUUAAAGCGUUGUGAAACUCUUGAGAAGGAAGUGCGUUCACUCAAGCUUAAUUUGUCUUUCAUGAACAGAAAGGACUCGGAACAAACAAAGCAGAUAGAAGAGUUGCAGAAGCAGAACGAGGAGUUGACAGAUGAAAAGGAGCGGCUCUUAGAAGAGAUUGAACGGAUCAUUUCGGAUUCAGGCAACAUGUAAAACAUAUUUACUUUGAUACACUCAACGAUUGGCAGGGCAGAUGUUCUCAGCCUUGGCCAUCUAUAUAAUAUGUAUGAUGGAAACAAUGUUACGCGUAUAAACAACAUUCUACAUAAGUAUGAAUGUAUAUACAAGCACAGCCGUAUGGCCAUUAUUUA